GCUCGCAGUCGUCGUAUAGUGAAGUGACAGAGGAGGCCAUCAUCUUCGGAUUCGGGACAGACAGACGAAGAGUGUUGUUUUUCAUAAUCCAGAAAAAAACGCGAAAUUUUGCCAUAUUUUGUGCAAUACUGUUCGAAAUAUUUGGCCGAGAAAAAGUUAAUGAAGUUUGUGCGCUUUUAAUUGCUUCCAGGUAUCUUAAGAAACGUUUGAGUGUGAAAUUAAAAUUGGAAAGGCAAAAAUUGCUAGCAAGAAAAAAGGUGUCGACACAUUCGUGUACUCUGAUGGAUGACCCUGAUUUUUAUCCGUAUUAAUCCAGGGAUCUUUCAUAUAAUAUUAACUUAGAAACAGUGUGAAUUAUUAAGCCCAGCUAUUUUUCUUGAGGAAGUUGCUCUUUUCUCGUUUUUGCAGUACAUACGGUCGAUUUUGAAAGUAGGCCUCAAGUAGUAUCGAUUGUCUCACAAUGGCGAAUUGUUGAAACCAAAUUGCGAAGCGAAAAGGGAGAUGUUUUUUUUUCUUUCAUCAAAUGGUUAUGAAAUUAACGGAACUCAAAUGGAACCGUAGUGUUUGGAUGUGUAAUUUGCUGCGUAACGUUUGUACGGCACGUGCAAUUCGAUAAUUGAUAAUAAAUUUCCAUGAGGUAAAUUAAAUCUCAUUGGAAAGUGCCAGCGAAGAACUGAAGAAAAUCGACCUGAUUCGUUAGGAGCAGCUACUGUGUUGCCCUGAAAGAAUAGUACCUAUUUAGUUCCAAUGCUUCAGGUGUCCGGUUUCCGGAGCAAGUUCAGCAAAGCUGGAACCGUCUGAUAUUGGUUUGUGGGAAAUGUCCUCCUCGGCAGGACACCAUCUGUCGGCACUGCAAUCGUCCGGAGGGAGCAACGGAAGCGGUGCCGUGACGUCCGGUGGCAGCACCCGUUCAAUGCUUUCCGUGAAUCUAGAGGCAGCCGCGAUGGCUAGUGAUCCCCUAAGAGAUUUAUUUGAGGCUUGCAAAACGGGCGAUCUGGUCAAGGUGAAAAAGCUGAUUACAACGCAAACCGUGAACGCUCGAGACACAGCUGGCAGGAAGUCUACGCCACUACAUUUUGCGGCAGGUUACGGUCGUCGGGAUGUGGUGGAGUUUCUGCUUACAAACGGAGCAUCAAUUCAGGCUCGGGAUGACGGUGGAUUGCAUCCUUUGCACAACGCAUGCUCAUUUGGACACGCCGAUGUGGUUCGUCUUCUCCUGGAAGCUGGUGCCAAUCCUAACACCAGAGAUAACUGGAAUUACACCCCUUUGCACGAGGCUGCCAGCAAGGGAAAGGUGGAUGUCUGUAUUGCUCUACUGCAGCACGGGGCAGAUCCAAAUAUUAGAAACUCGGAAAACAAAAUUCCUCUGGAUCUAGCCGACUCAUGCACGCGACCUGUGCUGACCGGAGAGUACCGAAAGGAUGAACUAUUGGAGGCAGCACGAUCCGGCUCAGAGGAACGUCUUUUGGAAUUAUUGACCCCACUGAAUGUGAACUGCCACGCGAGCGAUGGACGCAAAUCGACUCCCCUUCACUUGGCAGCUGGCUACAACCGGAUACGGGUUGUACAAAUUCUGUUGCAACACGGUGCCGACGUACACGCCAAAGAUAAGGGUGGUUUGGUGCCGUUACAUAAUGCCUGUUCCUAUGGUCACUUCGAGGUGACCGAGCUGCUGAUCAAGCACGGUGGAAACGUGAACGCGAAUGAUCUCUGGGCUUUUACGCCGCUUCAUGAGGCUGCUUCCAAAAGUCGGGUGGAAGUUUGCAGUUUACUAUUGGCCGAAGGAGCCGACCCAACGCUACUGAACUGCCAUAACAAAUCGGCCAUCGAUUCAGCGCCGACGCGGGAACUGCAGGAGAAAAUUACAUAUGAAUACAAGGGACAUUGUGUGCUGGACGCUUGCCGUCAGGCCGAUAUGCAGAGACUUAAGAAGAAUCUUACAACCGAGACAGUUAAUUUCGUUCAUCCGUACUGUGGGGAUACACCCCUGCAUGCCGUAGCGCAAUCUGUGUAUCCGAAGCGGAAACAAGUUCUUGAGGUUUUGAUACGAAAGGGCGCUCUGCUAAACGAGAAGAACAAAGACUUUCUGACUCCAUUGCAUAUAGCAGCGGAUAAUUCACAUUACGAGAUUAUGGACGUACUUUUGCGCCACGGUGCCAAGGUGGAUGCACUGGAUGGUCUCGGUCAAACGACGCUACAUCGAUGCGCCCGGGAGGACAACAUACAAGCGUGUCGGCUUUUGCUGUCAUACAACAUCGAUAUAAGCAUUGUUUCACUGCAAGGUUAUACUGCCGCUCAGCUAGCGACUGAGAAUGUACUGAAAAUCCUACAGGACCCACCAUCGGACACGGUGGAUCUCGAGUGCCAAUUGCUUGAAGCAGCCAAAGCCGGUGACCUCGAUACCGUUCGUCGGAUUGUGCUCUCCAAUCCCAUGACCGUCAACUGUCGCGAUUUAGAUGGACGGCAUUCGACUCCGUUGCACUUUGCGGCCGGUUAUAACCGUGUUCCGGUUGUGGAUUUUCUACUGGAGCAUGGCGCCGAAGUGCAUGCCUCCGAUAAGGGCGGACUGGUGCCAUUGCAUAACGCCUGCUCCUAUGGGCACUACGAGGUGACCGAACUGUUGGUGAAACAUGGUGCCAAUGUGAACGUAGCGGAUUUAUGGAAGUUCACACCGCUGCACGAGGCCGCCGCCAAGGGCAAGUAUGAGAUUGUGAAACUGCUGAUUAAGCAUGGAGCUGACGUAACGAAAAAGAACCGCGAUGGUGCAACACCACUGGAUCUGGUGCGCGAAGGAGACCAAGACGUAGCAGAUCUCUUGCGAGGAAAUGCGGCCCUGCUGGAUGCUGCGAAAAAGGGUAACUUGGCACGCGUUCAGCGACUUGUUUCACCGGACAACAUUAACUGUCGGGAUGCUCAGGGCAGAAACUCAACACCGCUUCAUUUGGCAGCUGGUUACAAUAAUUUGGAGGUUGCCGAGUACCUAUUGGAACAUGGUGCCGAUGUGAAUGCCCAGGAUAAAGGUGGAUUGAUUCCACUGCACAACGCUUCUUCCUAUGGACAUCUAGAUAUUGCCGCUUUGUUGAUCAAGCACAAUACCGUAGUGAAUGCUACAGAUAAAUGGGGCUAUACUCCGUUGCAUGAAGCGGCUCAAAAAGGCCGCACCCAGCUGUGUUCACUUUUGCUCGCUCAUGGCGCUGAUCCGUUCAUGAAGAAUCAAGAAGGACAGACCAGUCUGGAUCUGGCCACUGCUGAGGACGUAAAAUGUUUGCUACAGGAUGCCAUGGUUGCAUCCCAAGCUUCUACAGCUGCUGGAGGUGGCACGGGUGUAGCAAACAAUUCAUUGCUAUCGACUGCAUGUUCACCAACAACUGAGACAGUCACGCUACCGACGGGGGCGUCCAUGACAUUAUCGGUUCCAGUUCCACAGCUUCCGGUACGCAGCUGUCUUAGUCCAGCCCAAGGUGCAGAAACCAACGCGGAUGGCGUCGUAAUGGAUGACGACAAAAUGCAGCAGGUCGUAUCGAUCGAAUCUUCUGUGUCCGCUUUUCUUACUAGUCUGCAGUUGGAGCAUUUGAUUGAGCUACUCGAGAGAGAACAAAUCACGAUGGAUAUACUAGCCGAGAUGGGCCACGAAGACCUGAAACAAGUCGGUGUGUCAGCCUACGGUUUCCGCCACAAGAUAUUGAAGGGAAUUGCUACCUUGCGAGCCACAACCGGUCUUGGUCUAACACCCAACCCGGGUACUCUUCUGGUGGAUCUUCUUCCCGAUGACAAGGAAUUUCUUGCCGUUGAAGAAGAAAUGCAAGCUACAAUUAGGGAACACAGAGAUAACGGUCACUCUGGAGGGUUCUUCACUCGAUACAACAUCGUUAGAGUCCAAAAGGUCCAGAAUCGCAAGCUGUGGGAACGUUACGUUCACCGUCGAAAAGAAAUUUCCGAAGAGAAUGGCCACCAGGCUAGCGAACGAAUGCUGUUUCACGGAUCGCCUUUCAUCAAUGCAAUCGUACAGAAGGGAUUCGAUGAACGGCACGCCUACAUCGGCGGUAUGUUCGGAGCUGGCAUUUACUUUGCCGAACAUAGUUCGAAAUCGAAUCAGUAUGUUUACGGUAUUGGUGGCGGAAUCGGUUGUCCGGCACAUAAGGAUAAGUCGUGUUAUCAGUGUCAUAGGCAGCUACUGCUUUGCCGAGUAGCGUUGGGUAAAUCGUUUCUUCAAUUUAGUGCAAUGAAAAUGGCGCAUGCCCCUCCGGGACAUCACUCAGUCAUCGGACGACCGUCAGCUGGUGGACUGCAUUUCCCUGAGUACGUCGUUUAUCGUGGGGAACAGGCGUACCCCGAGUAUUUGAUCACCUAUCAGAUAAUGAAACCGGACGACAGUGGAAGUACCGAGGAACCAGCAAGAUGAUGGACAAUCUCCGCAGUUAGCAACAUCGGUCAGAACAACAAUAUUCACUUCACGAGCAGCAAUAGUACCAACAGCGGUGGCAACAUUAGCAGCAACAGUAACAGUAGCUCCUCUACCACGAUCGCUUCAGUCCACGCGUGCAGUUUCACGCGAAUUCGAUCCACUACCCGUUCGACGAUGGCUAAAGCGACAGCAGUGCGGGUUUCUACGGGUAAGAAAUGUAGUCAGCUUCUCAUUAUAACGCCAGCAGUCGCAAUCGAUAAUAACAAUGAUGGUGGUUACAAUGGUCCGUUCCACUCUCACGAUAGUGGUUGUGGUAGCAGCGGUAGCGAUACCAGUUUAGAGAGUGAUAUCGGGAAUCCGUUGAACGCUGCCAGCGACAUCGCUAACGAUGGGAACAAUAAUGACAAAUCUAGAAAAACUUCAUUACUGUCAAGAAGGCAACAACAGGUAGUAUCUAAGAUGUCGUCUUCCUCAACCACUAAGAUAACGACCACCACCACCAGCACAAGUUGUGGCAGCAAUCAAACCCCAUCCUGGCGAUGGUGCUCGAUCAUUUGUUCAGCAGUUAGAUGUUUCAGACCCGCGUCGCAGUCUCAACAACAUCUUGGUUCGAUUCACUAUAACAGCAAUAGCGGAGACAUUCCACUCGUUAAUCGCGCAAGCUUCGUUCAAAAUCCUCUCACUAGCGGUAGUUCCGGUGUGAGCGGGAGAAACGGAACCGGGGUGCGACGGGCUAGUGCAAGGUUUAGUAGCAAUCAAAUCUAUGAAUAUACUAUCAAAAGCUAUAGAUCCGACGCGAAUGAAAAUGACCAUAUUAAUAAUAACAAUAGUAACAACGGCAAUAGCGAAGGAAAUCAUUCCGAUAGAAACUCAAGGGACAGAAGCAACAUCAUGUAUAAGUUGUGACGGGACAUUAGCGUUUCCCAUAUAUCCAAAAUAUCUUACCUGCUUUGGUUGCCGCUCGCAACGCCGUACUGCCAAUAUCAAUGCAUAAUAUUCGUUCUAUAUUUUUACGAAAAAAACGAUUGAUUUCAGAGGAAGCACAUUACCCGUAGAUCGUGUGUAAUCAAACGACAGUACUUUUGAAAGACGGAUUUUUGAUCAACUAAAAGAAAAACUAUCAUAUAUAUACCAUGCAUUCAUAACCUACAUAAUCAUACACUGAAUAAUUUACGAAAAGAAAGUUCAGACUUGCGUUUCUCUCGAUUGUUGGAUUACAUUACCAAUUAUAUCAGGAUUAUAUCCCGGUUAAUCCCAUAUAGCUACACUAUCUAGUAAAGACGUUGGAGUAGGACCAGUAAAUAACGGGCGAAAGUGUAAAAGCAGUCAUUACUGUCACUGACGUCAAGCUAAUCUGAAAAAAGACGGUUAAAUAUUUUCCCGAAGAUCGCCUAUUUUGAAAUGUACUUUUGUAUUUUUGUUCAAGUUAUUAGUACGCCAAGGUAAGACUAACAGUUUCAAGUUACUCAAUUGUAAGCUCGGGUUUUUGUAUCUGUAGCCUAAAUCUUACUCGAAACACUGAAUUUAAGGUUUACUGAAUUUAACAUGAUCUUUGUCGCUAAAGAUUGUUUGUCUUGCUUGGAAAAACGGUUUUGCUCUCACAGCUGAAAUCUUCGAAGAUAAUUGAGCUCCCAGAAUUUAACUUCGGGUGACUGAAUAACUGAGCAUAAGUUCAAUGCCUAUGGUUAAAAUUCUCUUUUUUGUAUGCAGUGAAAAGAUGACUUUCUUUCGUAUGACAUGAUCGAACAAAAAGUUCGAUAACUGUUCCCGUUCCAGUGUUUGAUCAUAUAAAAUUAUAGGCGCUGCUGUCUAAAAUUUAUCGAAAAAAAAAUUCAUCUCGCGGUGAUGACUUUAGUUCUAUGUUGUACACUUGGCAGUUUUGUGAGUACUAUUAAGUCCGUUUAAAUAUCUAAAUAUAAAACGCUACACAUGGUUUGAGGGACGAAAACGCAAUGUAGAAAGGAAAACGAGUCGCUGGAAGAAAAAAUCGUAAAUGAGCGUCUAUUAUCUAACUCUUAGUAAACAAGUACACUAUAUACAAAUGAUGAAAUGAUUUGACAAACGCGUGUGUGACUUCGACUUGACCGGAAACGAUUCGGUUUUUGAUUUUUUGAUUAGUAAAUUAGAUGCAGUACCCGAUGACAGUUUUUGUUAGGGUAAUAAAUUACUAAGUGAA